AUGGCGGCUCAUCAAAUAUCAGCUGCAUUCUCCUUCUGCUACGCUCCACCAGCGUCAAGCGAUUACAUUUCAACUUGUAUCGAUAGUAGCGACCCUGUAGCAAAACGUGAAGCUAUCAUGUCCGAUCUUCGAGAUACAUGCAAUAACGUCAUGGCUCGCCACUGCUGUCAAAUUGCUCUUACCGCAGCAGCCGAUCCUACACUGGUUUCGAUUAAGCCACAGACUAUCCACGUCGACAAGUCCACUGACUACAACCUCACAUUGACCGGUCCAUUGAACGAGGUGAUGAGUGCCCGAGGUGAUUUACUUGCCACGUGCCCUUUUAAGGUCAACAUUACGCUCAAGAUUCCUGCCAAGGAGUUCCCACCCGCUCAUAUCUUACAGAAACACAUUGACUUGAUCGAAAGCGAGACCGAUACGAGCAUUGCCAUUCUAUUGCCACCAGCCCAUCGUUCAUCGUUGGCAUCUGAAUAUCGAACCACCAUCGUUAUCACUGGUCUUCCUGAUCUUGCUGAACAUGCUCGUGUGCGAGUGCUUGUAGCACUGGAUGAAAUUGCCAAUUUGCGGUCGGAUGUCCUUCGAGUGCCUUUGAAGCUGCACAACCUCAUCUGUGGGCGAAAGCGUGCUGGAUUACAGCCAAUCAUCGAGGAAACGGCGACAAACAUCUAUUUCCCAUCUCCCUUUGGCGACUUGUCUUCCGUCGAAUCAGGCUUACAGCUCGCCGUCGUCACUGAUGGUAGUGCUACCCCCUUGCUGGAAGAAUUGGCUCCUCCCAUUUAUAUCACUGGUGAACCUGUCAACGUCACUAGAGUGAAAGAGAUGCUCAACAAGCUUGCCAUGCAAAAGGCAAAGUCCAUGUAUCACAAGGAUGCCGUUCUUCAUUCCCGAAAAUUAGAUUGGAUGUUAUUGCAUCGUCGUGAUGAACUUCGCAAGAUCAUGCGUGAUAAUGGCUCCUUUAUUGCAUUUCCACCUAUCGGCUCAGGAAGCGGCACCGUUACUGUUUAUGCGGAGAACCGAGUCAAUGCAGAAAGGACACUCCGGUCACUCAACUUUUUGACUUGCAGCAUCUAUGAAGCAUGCUUCUAUUUCAACAAUCGCGAUGGCGCAAUCUUUGGUGCUGAUGGUGGUACACACAACUUUUUCAGCAACAUCAACAAUAUCACGGGCCUCAUUUCUCAAUUGUCACAAGUCUCGGGUGCUGAAGUCAUGUACAAGGAUGAUAUUGGAUGCAUUGAAGUAUUUGGAACAGAAAGAGACGUUCGCAAUGUGUAUCAACGUGUCCAUGAAAUGACGUUUUUGAAGGUGUUCCAUCAAAACACUGUCUUCAACAUUGAAUUAUCCAAUGAUCAACGUGAAUUCAUCAGUGGCAAAAAGAGCGGCAAAAUCAACAAAAUUAUGAAGACAACGGGUGCCAAAAUCAAGUUCAAUGCAUUCAGCGAUUACAAUUUCGUGAUUGAAGUCGAGAGUACCAGUGUCAUCAAAGCAUUGGAUGGUCUAUCAAUGUUGCAAGAUGAGCUCCCGGCAGAGAUUUCAUUUUAUGUACCCGAGAUGUAUCACAAACGAAUCAUUGGCGUGGGUGGCAAGAACAUUCAACGCAUUAUGAAAAAGUAUGGUGUCUAUGUCAAGUUUUCGAAUGCGGAAGAAUUUGCAGCUUUGGGUGGAUACUAUGACAAUGAUGAUAAUGUGGUUGCUCGUACGCCAAUGAAGAAUCAAGUCAACCUUGACAACCUACGACAUGCCGUUAUGGAGUUGAUUACCCAACGCGACAAGGAUUACGUGAAUCAAACGGUCAACAUUCCUUUCCGUAUGCAUCGUGUUUUAUUGAGGGAUCAAGGCAGCUAUUUUGCCGAUGUCACCAAGAAAACAUUGACGAGGAUUAUGUGGCCUGAUCAUGAAUUGGCAAGCGAUACGGUGACUUUGGUUGGGCCAUUGACAGAAAUCGAGCAUGCCAUUGAAUUGGUGCAGGCUGUUGUACCCGAAGAAUAUGAUGUGGUGGUUCCACGAUCAUCGGCAUUGACAGCUGCUCUUGCAUCGGAUAAUUUCCAUGAUCAUGUGGUUGUACGACUUGAACGUGAAUGUGGUAUCCAAAUCGAUCUUCAAAGCACUCCACAGCCACCUCCAUCAAUAUCAUCAUCCUCGCCAUCGCCAUCAGUACCAGCAAGUACUACAACAACGACAGCAGCACCAGCAGCAGUAAGUGGGAGCGUCACCACUGGUAGCCCAGUCAGCUUAAGCGCACCUACAUCGCCAUCACGUUCAACUCCGGCACCAUCCACUGCAGGAUCACCUACAGCGGCUGCCUCUGAGACUGAUUAUACGAUUCCCUUGAAGAUGAGCAAAUGCAAUAUCCGCAACUUGCCAAGUGCUUUGGAUAUCCUCAUCAGUUACCUGCGUAAUCAUAAUGUCACUUUAUACGACAAUGCUACUCCAAAGACCAGCAGAACAACACCUACAAGUGCAACUCUCUCAGCUAGCAACGUUCCUCUUGUUGACAGCUUUAGCCAUUUUGGAAGCAAAGUUUUGCCUUCUGUAUCAGACAUUGGCAGUGGUAGUGGGAAUCAAAAGUUACACCAUAGCUUCUCAAGCUUUUCACUCUUCGAUUUUGCACCUGGCACAAGUACAAGUACAGGAUCGCAUCAUGCUUUUGACACACCAUGGACAAGCAGCUUCCGUGAUAUGAAUUCGCCUAGGACAGCCGAGAAUAUUAGAGCCAUCUUUGAUUCACCACCUCAUAAGCAGGAUGAAAUGGGAGGUAACAUGCCAAAGCAACGAAUGAGCGUACCUGUCAUGGGUGGUCAAAAUGGUGCACCUGGUCUUGGCGUUUUCAGAGCCCCGCCUGUGAAUGGAGGCACAUCUUCGGCAAGUGGAUCAUCAUCGCUUGGUGGCGGUGCCGAUAUUUGGCUUCCUCAACAACUAUCGCAAAUGUCAUUGUCAGGCCAUCCCCAUCUAUCAGCAGCUGCCAACAGUGGUGGUUUUGGUAACGUUGGCUUAGGCACAUCCAAUGCAGGAGCAGCCGCAAGUGGCAACAACACGUCAACCACUACUAGCGGUACGAGUGGAUUUGAAAAGAAUCGCAAUAGAAUUUUCGGUCAUGGUGGGGAUUCCACUGUGGGUGGGGCAGCAAGCUUCUACCAACCAUACCCGAUAAUCGGAGGCGGCGGCAUCGCUUCUGAUUUCAAUCAUAAUCAUCAACAACAUCAGCAUUUUAACAAUAUCUGUCCCACAUCUUCUACAUCGACUGGAAGCAACAAUUCGAUGCAAUCAUCGCUCUCUGUUUCAGAAUCAUCUUCUGCUUUGGAUGGUGGUGAUCUACGUCCUCCUUUUAGUCGACAACAACAACAUCAAAAUCGCGGUUGA